AUGCAGCUAACGGAAGAUGAAAUCGCAACUAUUCUGAAAUCUACUCUUAAAGGACUUGAAUACUUGCACUUUAUGAGAAAAAUACAUAGAGAUAUAAAGGCUGGAAACAUCCUUCUUAACACUGAGGGUCAUGCCAAAUUAGCUGAUUUUGGUGUGGCUGGCCAGUUAACAGAUACAAUGGCAAAACGUAAUACUGUUAUAGGAACUCCGUUUUGGAUGGCUCCUGAAGUAAUACAAGAGAUUGGCUAUAACUGUGUGGCAGACAUCUGGUCCCUUGGUAUCACUUCAAUAGAAAUGGCUGAAGGAAAACCUCCAUAUGCUGAUAUUCAUCCAAUGAGGGCUAUUUUUAUGAUUCCUACAAAUCCUCCUCCAACCUUCCGGAAACCAGAGCUCUGGUCUGAUGAAUUCACAGAUUUUGUGAAGAAAUGCUUAGUGAAAAAUCCUGAACAAAGAGCUACAGCAACACAGCUGCUACAGCAUACAUUCAUUAAGAAUGCCAAGCCAGUUUCAAUUUUAAGGGACCUGAUCACUGAAGCUAUGGAAAUAAAGGCAAAGCGACAUGAGGAACAGCAGAGAGAACUAGAAGAGGAGGAAGAAAAUUCAGAUGAAGAUGAGCUGGACUCUCACACCAUGGUGAAGACCAGUUCGGAGAGUGCUGGUACCAUGAGGGCCACAAGCACGAUGAGUGAAGGCGCUCAGACAAUGAUUGAACACAAUAGUACUAUGUUAGAAUCGGACUUGGGGACCAUGGUAAUAAAUAGCGACGAUGAUGAAGAAGAAGAUGGGACCAUGAAAAGAAAUGCUACUUCACCGCAAGUUCAAAGACCUUCUUUCAUGGACUACUUUGAUAAACAAGAUUCCAAGAACAAAAGCCCUGAAAACUGUAAUCAGAACAUGCAUGAACCUUACCACAUAUCCAAAAAUGUUUUCCCUGAUAACUGGAAAGUCCCUCAAGAUGGAGACUUUGAUUUCUUAAAGAAUCUGAGUUUAGAAGAAUUACAGAUGCGAUUAAAGGCUUUGGACCCUAUGAUGGAAAGAGAAAUUGAAGAGCUUCGUCAGAGGUACACUGCGAAGAGGCAACCUAUCCUAGAUGCGAUGGAUGCAAAGAAACGGAGGCAACAAAAUUUCUGAGUUUCUUUUACUUUCAGAGAUAAUAGCAUGAGUCAGUGUGGACACUGGUAACUUUGUAAGUCAGAAGGAAUUCGAUGAGAGUUUUCAAAAACCCAAUCUUUUGAAUAUUCCUUCACAAGCAAUGACAAUUGGAGCAGUGAAAGAACAUACAUGUGAUGUUCUGCAAAGGCAGUGAAUCACAUUACCACUUGCUUGUAUUUUCAAAUGUUUAAUGUGAUAGAAAUUUCAUCUGUUACUUCCCAAUCUUUUUCAGGUGUAUAGUGGUAACUUGGUGUUGUACAUUAGGAGUUGUGUUUCGGAGCACCUGGAACAGUUUCUUGAUUGUACAACACUACAGAGCCUUAUGUUGCAAUGUGUUUUCCUCCCACUUGGUAGUGUAUUUAUUAUGUAAUCUUUGGUUAUCCUAUUUAUUUUAUGCCUGUUUUCUUUUUUAUUAGGAAUUAUUAG